ACAACUUUGAGAGAGAGAGGGAGAGAGACAGGUGAGAGAGACGGGAACUGGCUUUUGUUUGUCUCCUUGCUCAGUAACUCCCAAAGGCUUUUAAUAAAACAACCCAAAUUUGUCAUUACACCUUGGCCGUUUCACAACCAAAUUACACAAGAAGCAAAGCAAAACACAACCGCUUCUGCUUCUGCUUCUGCUUCUUCCAACUUCCCCUAACUUUCCUGCUAAGUUUUCAACUUUUCCAUUUUCUGGGUCUCCAAACAAUGUCCUCCUCCGAUCUCUAUGUCGUCGACGACUCCUUCUACCGCCACUCCACCACCCCAGAAAUGGUGGACUUGCCAUUCUUCUCCGAGCCAUUCUCUCCCUUCUCGGACAUUGACCUCCUCCAACUCCAAGCAAUCUCCGACCAGCAAACCCAGCAAAACACAGCUGACCAAAACUCCCCAUCUCUCCUUUCUUCUUCUCCCCCAAGUUACCAGCUCGAAACCUUAAGCCUUUACCAACAAACCCAAUUACCCCAAAUCGAUCAAAACUCUCCAAAUUUGCCAAUUGGGUUGCCGAAUUUCUCCCCUUUUGAUGCUCUGGAGGUCAAAACUGAACCCCAUCAAGCUUUUGGGCCUCAUACCUAUGGCGGCGCAGAGAAUGUGUUGAAGUUUAUGCAGAGGAGCUACAGCAGCAACUGCUUUGACGGAAGUAGUAACAAGCCUGAUUUUUGCUUCAAGCCAAGCUUUGAUUCUCUCAUGGAGUCCCCAAGUUUUCAGAACCAAGCUUUUAGCUUGAGCUCUCCGGAAAGCAGCUUUUUGGCUGGUCAAAUGAGAAGGGUUUCCAGCACUGGUGAUUUGCAAAAUUUUAGAAUAAAUCGUACUCCCAGAGAGAGCUCAGUGACGGCGGAAGUAGCUGCAAACUUCAAAAUGGGGAGGUACAGUGCAGAAGAGAGGAAAGAGAGAAUCUCAAAGUACAGAGCCAAAAGGUCACAGAGAAACUUCAACAAAACAAUUAAGUAUGCAUGUCGAAAAACACUUGCGGACAACCGGCCCCGCAUACGUGGCAGAUUUGCACGCAACGACGAGACUGAAGAGAUUCUCAAAGCUGCAUGUUCAUUUAAUAGAGAAGAAGAUGAAGAUGAGCUCUGGGUUGAAGGGUUUAAUGUAGAAGAGGAAGAGAUGAAUGCAACAGUAAGAGGAGGAGGAGGAGGAGGAGGACAGUUUAUGAACAAUUUUGAAGCUACCCAGAUUCAGUACUAUGGAUUUUGAGUUCUGAUAAGUCAAGCAAACAACAAAAGGCUUUUUAGGGGGAGAUUUUCUAGAAUAUUUAGGUUUGUGGUCGUAUAAAGAAAACGAAGAAUCAAAGAGUUUCUUUUGCUUUUCUUUUUAAUUUAAUGAAAUAAAACACCUUUGUUGCAGUUGGGUAGUUGUAGUGGUUGAAGUCAGUUGCUCAUAGUGUUCAUAUUUUCGAAUUAUUUCGAACUCCUUUGUAUAUAUGUGGUAAUGAAUAAUAUAAUCUAAUGUUUCUGUCAAUGUCAA